AUGCCAACCAUUCUUACAUCCGAGGUGAACUCCCUCGGCUCGGAUCGCCUUCACUCGUCAAUUUCCGUCAGAGCCUCGCUGGAUAGCUUAGUCCCCGCCCCCUACACGCCGGACGCGGUGAUAGGCUGGCAUCCGGUGCUCUCCGGAGAUUGCCGAACAUUCCCGUCGAGGAGGAGCGGGAGACCGGAAAGCCGUCCGCGGAGCCCUGCUCACUGCGGACCAUUUACCGUCCAAUCAAAUCUCCAGCUUUUUGCCUUUUCCCAUUGGCUGGCGGUGAUACAACCCCGAGUACGAAGUGCUGACAGUAGACGGAUCGCAGUACAAAGAGAGAACAUAAUGUUCCAUACGGGGGAAACUCGGCACAAGAGCUUACAGUCUACAGGAAGGAAGAGGGGCGGGGACUGGUGGAGAGGCAAUGGGGAUAUCGGAAGAAUAAUUUGGGAGGAGCAGAGCGGCGAGGUCCAUGAGGAGGCCAUGAUGGCGCGAUCCGAGGAGGAGGAGGAGGAGCAGAGCGGAGGAGGUCCCGACAAUGGCGGGACGAAUCCGGAGACGGACGUCACCGACCCGGAUCCCACCCAGACCAGUGCCGAAAAUAACCAGAAACCACCAGAACCCCCCGCCAAGAGUUCCCUGGACAAGGAAAUUGAAACCCUCUUGUCUUGUUCCUCCGAUCCGCCGCCUCCGGACGUCCUCGUGAUCCAGUCGGAGAACGCCGGCAUGGUGGGCUUGGUGCAGGUGGAGCAGAACACGGAUGACCCCGCUGUGACGGAGAAGAAGGCUCCUCCCCCACCGCUGAGACCUCCCACCACCUGGACCAGCGCCAACGUACGGGAAUUCAAGCACCGGAUGUCCAGUGAGAAGCACGGAAUGCUGACCGUGCGGAGGGGGGAGGUGAUGACCGUCCGCGUCCCCACUCACCCCGAAGGGAAGCGGCUCUGCUGGGAGUUCGCCACCGAAGAUUAUGACAUCGGGUUCGGGAUCUACUUUGAUUGGACGCCAGUGACCAGCACAGCCGUGACCAUACAAGUCAGCGAGUCCAGCGACGAUGAGGAAGAGGAGGAGACGGAGAGCCCCUGGCACAGCCGGGAGGGGGACGUGGAGCGAGGGUCGGUGUACCGCCUGCGGAGCCGCUACGGGGAGAUCAUGCAGGUGUUCCGCAGGGACAGUCACCGCGAGGUGCAGGCCGGGAGCCACGACUACCCCGGGGAGGGCGUUUAUCUGCUGAAACUGGACAAUUCCUACUCCCUGCUGCGCAACAAGACGCUCUUCUUCCACGUCUACUACAGCAGCUGAGAUUGUGGGGGGGGCCGGGGAGAGGGACCCCCAAC